UGUGUGUGUGUGUGUGUGUGUGUAUAUAUAUAUAAUCUCAAUGCCGUUAUUAAUCUUUGUAAAUGCUAAUUUCAACACAUACUAAUGCAUUUUUUAAAAUCAAGUAUAUGUUAGUAUUAGUUAUUGCACUACGAAAGAACAAUGAACAGUUAUUUUAUUAACUAACAACUGUUAGAUUAAAUCAGACUCUGCUCAAAACAGUAAUUUUUCCACGAAUCGGAUACCAUGGCUUUGCGGGCUCAUCUCAGCAGAAAGGUUGAAAAGCGAUGCCAUUUUUCUACACCCCCACCCUUUCACUCUCAUUCUUUUCAGGGAUCUUUCGUUGUCAAGCCGCCAAAGUGGAGAGUGUGAUUGCAGAGGGGGGUGCUUCUCGUAUCAGUGCUUCUUCGGGCGGAGGAGGAGGUCGGGGUGCACCUCAGCACUGUCCCAAGUCUGUUGGCAACAGCGAGUUCCUGGGGAAAACCCCAGGGCCUAGCGUUCAGAGAUGGGUUCCUUCACGAAGCACUAGACGAGAUGUCAACCCCUCCAAUGAGAAAGAACGACAUGAUGCAAUCUUUAGGAAAGUGAGAGGCAUACUGAAUAAACUGACCCCUGAGAAGUUUGACAAGCUAUGCCUUGAGCUCCUGAAUGUGGGCGUUGAUUCAAAGCUCGUCCUUACAGGAAUCAUCUUGCUGAUUGUAGACAAAGCCCUCGAAGAACCCAAGUAUAGCUCGCUAUAUGCUCAGCUAUGUCUGCGUUUGGCAGAGGAUGCUCCGAACUUUGACGGCCCAUCAACAGAGUUCCAAUCAUCACAAAAGCAGAGCACUACAUUCAGGAGACUUUUGAUAUCCAAGCUUCAAGAUGAAUUUGAAAACCGUACCAGAAAUGUUGACCUCUAUGAAAAAAAUGACAGCCCUCUCACCUCUGAGGAGGAAGAGCAACGUGCCAUUGCCAAGAUCAAAAUGCUGGGCAACAUCAAAUUCAUUGGAGAACUUGGCAAACUCAAUCUCAUUCAUGAGUCUAUACUUCAUAAAUGCAUCAAAACACUUCUGGAAAAGAAGAAAAGUGUCCAACUCAAGGAUAUGGGGGAGGAUUUGGAGUGCCUCUGUCAGAUAAUGAGUACUGUGGGGCCAAGACUUGAUCAUGAGAAAGCUAAGUCUUUAAUGGAUCAGUACUUUGGUCGUAUGCAAUCCUUAAUGAACAACAAGGACUUGCCUGCUAGGAUUCGUUUCCUGCUUCAGGAUACUGUGGAGUUGCGUGAGAACAACUGGGUGCCUCGGAAAGUGUUUAUCGAUAAUGGACCGAAGACUAUCAACCAGGUCCAUCAUGAUGCAGUAAAGGAUUUAGGUGUUUUUAUUUCACCAAUGACUCAAGGAAUAAGGACUGACUUCUUUCAAGAAAACUCUUUCUUGCCAACGAGACUUAAACCUGAUCGAGAAACUCUUGGGGGAUUAGCUGAUAUGUUUGGGCAGAUGCCAGGUAUUGGGAUUGGAACUGGCCCUGGGGUCAUUCAGGACAGGUAUUCCCCCACCAUGGGCCGUCGCACAAACCCAAUUUUUAACGGACAUGGUGGGCACAUGGCCCCUGCACCUCAGCCUUUCAUUAAAUCCAACCAGGGGCAGAAUCUGCUUUUUCAGAACCAGACUCCAUCUCAACAGCAAACUCAGUCCAAGGACAUGCAGCCAUGUUUUAUUAAGAAAGGACAGCUCAAUGCUGAUGAGAUAAGCCUGAGACCGGCUCAGUCAUUUAUUCUGAACAAAAACCAAAUGCCAAAAUUGCAGCCACAGAUACCUACCAUGAUUCCUCCAAGUGCCCAGCCUCCAUGCACAUCCACACCACCUCUGGGACAGCCACCGCAGCUUGGUCUGAAAACCAACCCGCCUCCUAUCCAGGAGAAGCCACAGAAGAUUAGUAAGAAACCACCUCCAGCUAAAGAAGAACUGCUUAAGAUGACCGAAACCACCGUGGCCACUUACCUGAGCAGCAAGAACAUGAAUGAUGCGGUGAACGGAGUGAGGGAGAUGAGACCUCCUAAACACUUCCUGCCUGAGAUGUUGUGUAAGAUGAUCAUGUGCUCACUGGAGAGUCCAGAUGAUGACCGUGAGCAUGUCAGCACUCUGAUCAACACACUCCGUAUGGAGGGACUGGUCACAGGGGAAAACUUCAUGCAGGCUUUCCUUAAUGUUCUGGACCAGUGUCCCAAGAUCGAGGUGGACAUUCCAUUAGUGAAGUCCUACCUGGCUCAGUUUGCUGCCCGGGCAAUCAUUGCUGACCUCGUGAGCAUGGCAGAGUUGGCCCACCCGCUGGAGAACGGCACCCACUUCCCUCUGUUCCUCCUCUGCUUGCAGCAAAUGGCCAAACUGAAAGAUCGGGAGUGGUUGACCGACCUGUUCCAGCAGAGCAAGGUCAACAUGCAGAAGAUGCUUCCAGAAAUUGAUCAGAAUAAGGACCGCAUGUUGGAGAUUCUGGAGGGAAAGGGCCUGAGCUUUUUAUUCCCCCUUAUGAAGCUGGAGAAGGAGCUGCUGAAGCAGAUUAAAGCUGAUCCGGCCCCACAAACCAUCUACAAGUGGAUCAAGGACAAUAUUUCUCUAAAACUUCACACUGAUAAGGGUUUCGUUAACAUUCUAAUGACCAGCUUUUUGCAGUACAUUUUCAACGAGAUGUAUUCCACUGCAGAAGAAGACCAAUUAUCUGCACCAUCGAAAGAACAGCUCGACCAGGAGAAGCAGCUGCUGCUUGCCUUCAAACCGGUGAUGCAAAAGUUCCUGCAUGAUCACGUGGAACUGCAAGUCAGUGCACUGUAUGCACUGCAAGUUCACUGCAAUGCCCAUGCUUUUCCCAAAGGAAUGUUACUUCGCUACUUUGUCAACUUUUACGAUAUGGAGAUAAUUGAAGAAGAGGCCUUCCUAGCAUGGAAAGAAGAUAUUUCCCAGGAAUUUCCAGGGAAAGGAAAAGCAUUAUUCCAGGUGAACCAGUGGCUCACCUGGCUGGAGACGGCAGAAGAGGAGGAGUCCGAGGAAGAAGCUGACUAAAGAGCCAGCCAAAGCCUUCACGUACUCAACUCUGUCAUUUCGCCAGUUUUAAUUUCGCCAGAUCUCGCCGUUCACUUGUGUUCUCAACGGCUGCACUUCAUUCCGUACUGUUUUCUGCAAUGUCAAGCCAACGUAUUACUUCAAGCUUCUCUUUGGCUUCAUUGUUUAAAGCAUGUAAUGACUCGCAUCUGUUAAGAUCAAUGGUAUUAGCAGCUUGGAACUGCAUUCUUUUUUUAUAUAUAAAUAUUUAGCUUUUAACAUGUAUUUGCAAGGGCCUUUCCUGCUGCUGUUCAUUUCAACACAAAACUAUUGAAAUGCACUUUGCUCCCUGUCAUAUUGAGUUGCUGCAAUAUAUUAAUUUUUUUUUGUUACAAAGAAUCCUCAGUUGUAAUGAUUGGUUACCAUAGCAUUUUAGUUGUCGCAUUUUGUUUAUACCUCACUGUUGAAGGCGUAGAAUGCAGUGUAAUCGAGUCCUUCAAAAUGACAACUCCAGAGGUGCUCAAGUCUGAAAAAUGGGGAAAAAAAUUUUUGUUUCCCGUUCACUAUCUGAUUGUAAGACUUCACGCUCCAACUUCUGUACUUUUAUAUUUCCCUCCUGUAAACGGUGAACAAAGCCAUGUGGGUGAGAUGAAAUUAUGCGGCCUUUUCUUAUCCUUUUCCGCAGACCAUAUAUGCCCCCUCUUGAUUUGAUGAGCCAAUACUUUCAUUUUUUUCUUUACAGCAUGUUCGGGAUUUGCAAAUAUAGCCGGUUUAGAUGGAACAGUUUAUUUAUUGAUUUUUUUUUUUUAUUAUUUUUAUUUUUUUUUACAUUUUAAUUGGUAAAAUGAAGUUGAAACAAGUUGAUAUGAAUCUUCAAUUUACAAAUCAUUGUUUUAUAACCUAACAGUGUGCUUCCCAAUAAUGUCUCUUAUGGAUAUACUAGAUAUUUACUGAAUUGUGAGGGGAAAACAAAGCUUUGUCAAUGGCUAGGACAAAAGGUGACUCAUUCGUGUGGCAUCCUGUACAAUGACAUGCUAUUUAGUGUUACUGUAAAGGUGUAAGAGCUUGGAAGGUUCAGUGUACCACUGUUGCUUUCAAUAAAGUUACACACCAGCGUUUAUUUGGCCUUUUAUUUAAUGUGUGCUUGGCCAUGUGUGUAUGGAGAGAGUAUUAGUGAGUUUCAGCAAAUAUGUACUGUUAUGAAUUUAAUGCCAGAAACUCCUCCAGCAGUUUUGAAUUUAACCCUUUGAUUACUGUUCAUUACAGGCCGACACCUUUACUGGAUACGGUGAUCAUACAUUGAAUUGAAUUUUUAUAAAGGAAAUUAAUUUCUAUAAAUUCAUGGCAUGAAACAUUUGCAAUUUAUCUGGAAUUUGAUUGAUUGAUUUUUUUUUAAUUAUGCAGAUUUUUGAUAAAAUAAACAUUUUCUAAUAAUUUCACUUCAGUAAAAACAUUAACUUCAUUAACACAACAAAUUACAAAAAUAUCAGAUUGUGUCAGGCUUUUGGAACAUUUGCUUCCAUCUGGUGAAAAAGAAAAUUCAUGACAUGACAUGAAAUUAAACCUAAAGCCAGUAGGUGACUAGUGAUCCACUGAUUUAGAUGAUCUUAGUCUAUAUAACCCAAUGUUGAAACAAACUUAGUUUCGAGAUGUAUUUCACAGGUUAUGAAUUUGGAUAUAUACUUAGACAUUAUCAAAGACUAUUUGUCAAGGUUUUGUUUUUUUAAACCACUUGUUUUGAAGUGUUCUUGCAAUAAUGUUACAUUAUGUAUACUGUCAAACCUGAGGUAGUAUUCUGAAGAGAAGUCAUACAGCAUUUUGUUUCCUAUUAGUUAUUUCAAACUUCAAAAUUCAAUAACGCAGAGUACAUUCAUUUCAAAAAAGUAAAAAAAACAAAAAAAAAAACAUACUGCAAUAAACAGAUAUGAACAGUGAUAAUACAAUUUGUGUACAAACAAGAAAAUUCUAGUUGGUGACAUGAACAGCAAUAAUGUGGGGUCAGACUGUGACUAUGAUCUCUGUGUGUGUGUAUUCUGCAUUGUGGAUGUGCUAGAGUCUCAUCUAAUAAUUUCUGUGUGGGUGUGUUUUGCAUUGUGACUGAUUUAUUUAAUUUGAUCAAUAAAAAAAAAAAAAAAGCUCUGUGUUUUAGUCUCACCCAUACAUUUCCUAUGUUGGGUCAGAUUUGACCCAGAACAGUAAGCAACCACUUAGACACAUCAAAUCAAGUCUUUUUUUUUCUUGUGUGUGUGUGU